AUGAAGUUGAAGCCCAACAAUGAAAUUUGGCUUCCAAGGAAGUACAUAAUUGGUGAUACCACACAAGAUACAAGAGAAUUUGCAAUCCUUCAUGGUCAUCAUAUAUUGGCAUUGAAAAGUAAAGAACCAGCGGAAUCUAUCUACCUCAACAAAGAGACAGGGGGCUCUUGCAGCAACAGAAGUGAAAACAACUCAGAUAUCAAGUUGGACAUUUCAAGAACGCCAGCUAUCGACAGCCCUCAAGCUAUCGACAGAACCCUCUUUUCAUCCUCUCUAAUAAGGCCUCGGAGUAGCACAGCUCUUUCAAAACACAUCAAGGCCUGA